UGAAUAUUGUGGCAAAAAAAACAAAGAAAAAAAGAUUACAACAGGCAAGAUUGAAAAGAAGAGAACUCCGCUUAGAUAUUUGCCCCCCAGGAUAUAAAGGCGUGCAUAGGUUGAGGUAAGUAGUGUGACACUUCGAGGGACCUUGGCAAGCAGUGUGCAAGCAUUGUGCAAGCAGUGAGAGAGGACCAAUCAAUCACAACUCUUCCCCCUCUCUCUUUCCGAACAACAACCCCUGCAACAGGUUAGAAGAGAAACAAAAUAACAAUCAUUGACGAAGUUAACUGCAACAGUAAUGCCAUCCAACAAGUAUUCUUCAGCCAUCAUGGUGGAGAGUGACAAGAUGACGGCAACAGCUGAGGUGAACGGGGACAUUCCUGCAGCCGAGGGACCAUCAGAGAGCGACAGUGGCGCGGAGAUGACCAAUGAGAACAGCCCGCUCACCGCCGCCGAGCCGCCCUCCCCCUUCAGCCCCAAGCAGAACGGAGACGCUGCCUCACCUGCAGACUCAGAUGUGAACCAGUUGUCUGGGAGCAGGAAGAGAACCAGGAAGAGGUCCUCUGAGGAGGAGGAGUGCAUCUGGGACGCCUCCUAUAGUGAGCAGAAGGCCAAGGUAGCAGGGGUGGGGGGCUCGGAGUCUGGCUCGGGUCUGAGACAGAGACCCUCUCCCAGGACCAUCUUCCAGGCCGGUCUGCUGGCCCCUCACACCAAACCACGCAGCCGCGAGCAGAGAAGGGGAGGACGCCAGAGCAAGCUGGAGCACCACAGCAGCCCUCUGAGCCUGGCCUGCAGUGUUGGCUCCGGGCCCCUGGUGUCAGUGGUCCCUGAGAACCCCUCCCUGCAGCUCCUGGAGCAGGACUCUAAGGAUUCGGCCCAGAGUACCUCCACCUCCUCCACCUCUCUGACCUCCCACACCACAGAGCCUGCCUGCCAGCCAGAGUACAAGGACAACAAGGGCUUUGGCAUUGGGGAGAUGGUGUGGGGGAAGAUCAAGGGGUUCUCCUGGUGGCCAGGCAUCGUGGUCACCUGGCGCGCAACUGGCAAACGACAGGCCACGCAUGGCAUGAGGUGGCUGCAGUGGUUCGGUGAUGGCAAGUUCUCUGAGGUUUCAGCUGACAAGCUGGAUUCCAUCACUGCUUUCCCCAAGUUCUUCAACCAAGCCUCCUACGCCAAGCUGGCAUCCUACCGCAGGGCCAUCUUCCAGGCACUGGAGAUGGCCAGUCUGCGUGCUGAGAAGCCGUUCCCUCCGUGUGAGUCAGAGGGGCCAGAGGACCAGGUCAAGCCCAUGCUGGACUGGGCCAACGGGGGCUUCCUGCCUAAGGGCCAGGAGGGCCUGAAACCCACAGAGAACCCUGACAGCAACCCGUUGAACCACAAGGUGUUGGACGUCAGUCUGCCUGAGUAUUUCCCCACAGCCAAGAGGCCCCGCAUCAGCCUUUGUAAGGCCAAGAGCAGCCCAGAGGAGGUCUACAGUAGAGAACAAAUGGUGCAUGAAGUUUUGAAGAAUAACAGAAGUAUAGAAGAGUUUUGCCUCUCGUGUGGGAAAACAAGAGCGGCAACCUUCCACCCACUUUUUGAAGGAGGCCUUUGCCAAGCAUGCAAGGACGUGUAUCUUGAGAUCUCCUACAUGUAUGAUGACGAUGGCUACCAAUCGUACUGUACCGUGUGCUGCGGGGGCCGCGAAGUGCUGCUGUGUGGGAACGCCAACUGCUGCAGGUGUUUCUGUGUAGAAUGUCUGGACAUUCUGGUGGGCGCGGGGGCGUCGAACAGUGCCCGUAACCUGGACCCGUGGCGCUGCUACAUGUGCCAGCCCCUGCAGCCCUACGGUGUGCUCAAACGACGCCACGACUGGAGCAUGAAGCUGCAGGAGUUCUUCAUCAACGACAACGGCCAGGAGUUUGAAAGCCCAAAGACCUACCGGGCUGUCCCUGCAGAACAGAGGCGCCCCAUCCGCGUGCUCUCAUUGUUUGAUGGCAUCGCCACUGGCUACUUAGUGCUGCGAGACCUAGGAUUCAAAGUGGACCAUUAUAUUGCGUCAGAGGUGUGUGAGGAUUCCAUAUCAGUGGGCGUCGUCCGACAUGAAGGAAGAAUCCAGUACGUGCACGACGUGCGCAACAUCACCAGGAAGAAUAUAGAGGAGUGGGGCCCAUUUGACCUGGUGAUAGGAGGAAGCCCCUGUAAUGACCUGUCUAUUGUCAACCCCGCCAGGAAGGGACUGUACGAGGGCACAGGGAGGUUGUUCUUUGAGUUCUACCGCCUGCUGAGUGAGGCCAAGCCCAAGGAGGGCGAGGACCGCCCAUUCUUCUGGAUGUUCGAGAACGUGGUCGCCAUGGGCGUCAACGACAAGAGGGACAUCUCCCGUUUCCUCGAGUGCAAUCCAGUGAUGAUCGAUGCCAUUGAGGUGUCUGCGGCUCACAGGGCUAGGUACUUCUGGGGCAACCUACCAGGGAUGAACAGGCCUCGGUGUGCAUCUGGGAUGGACAAGCUAGAGCUGCAGGACUGUCUGGAACAUGGCCGUGUGGCAAAGUUUGGAAAGGUGCGCACCAUCACCACGCGCGCCAACUCCAUCAAGCAGGGCAAAGACCAGCACUUCCCAGUCAUGAUGAACGGCAAAGAGGACAUCCUGUGGUGCACCGAGCUGGAGAGGAUCUUUGGCUUCCCGGUCCACUACACAGAUGUGUCCAACAUGGGCCGCGGUGCCAGGCAGAAGCUUCUGGGCAGGUCCUGGAGCGUGCCUGUCAUCAGACACCUGUUUGCCCCUCUGAAGGACUACUUUGCAUGUGAAUAGUGCCCUCCCUGACCAACCUCUCUGUAGUUCCACUCCUCCCUCUACCACUACACCAGAUGAGGAGGAUCUGGAUCUGCACCCUUUGGCCUCCUCCAAUCAUGAGGCUGAGGAGAUCAGGUACACAUGGUGACUCCGCUCUCACCACUCUCCGUUCAGGCAGGGUGUUUUCAUCCAACACACUAAAAAUACCCUACACAAAAAAAUCUAAGGAGCCAAACCUGCUUUCACUGAGCGAAACCAGCACUGCCAUAGGGGGACCAUUUGAGGGUCUUACUUUUAUAGCCUUCUUUUUAACAAAAGGCUGGUCUGAGAGUGACAUGGAAAGUACCACUGAUUGUCAAUGGGAAGUGCCAAUGCCAAGUUAGACAAUCUUGUUAUCCCCUGGUAGGCAAAUGCCAAAGCGUUAUUUUAGGGUUUUAAGGUUUUAUACACUGCUUUUACUUUUUUAACAAAUUACUUCCCCUCAUGUUGUCUUUGAGUGGAUUUGUUGUGAUCACAGUCAGACAUAUUUUUAUGCCACACUGAUUUUCUAAAACUAGAGAAAGUUUUAUAUAAGAAUUUAUAUAGAUAUCUUUAUGAAUGAGUAGACAUUUUUGUUUAAUUUUCAUGAUGUCAACAUAGUCAGGGUUGGGAAAUAUACAUUUUCUUCUCCCAAAUGCCAAUGUGACGUAAUACUUUAAACAAUUGAAUGCAAAAACGUCCAAUCGAGCUGAGAGACAGAAUGAAGAAGAACCCGUUCUCAGCCAUAUCCAAAUACAUCAACAAAUGUACUGUAAAAUCAAUGCAAAGACAUGUAAAGACAUCUCAAUAUUGGACAUUUUGACAUUUGGCAUGUGCUACUGUUCUAAAUUAUCCAUAUUCUUUAACUGGAAGUUAGUUUUUUUGUUUUCACCAAAUAUAAGUGGGCAUUACCUAAUCAUCCAGGGCAUCUGAAAACCUACCUUGGCGAUCUAUACAAAAAGUCACUGGAAUGUUUUAUAUAAAUAGUAUACUUCAUUGUUAUACUGUAUAUAUGAAAAUGUUUACAAGAUUUACAAAUAUUUGAUUGGUCUUUGGGAGUUUCAUUGUCCUAAUGUCAUCUUAAAUUUAUAUUUUUAAAUCUGUAAAUUUCAAUGGAUGAUAAACCCCAGUAUGGUGCAUAGAUAUCCUUCAACAUUGUUAAAGUGCUCUGGACUUCAGAUUGAAGUACAAUAUACACUUUAUUUUGGCUACUCAUUUUGGCUACUUUUGUAGCCCUUUUUUGUGUUGGUAAAUUAAUGUGGAGAGUUUGCUGUGCAGUUUUAAAAUACUGGACAUUUUGUACUGAUUUUACAUAGCAUAUGUUCACAGUGGAGACCUGCCAGUUAUUUGUUUUUCACUGAGUACUACUCAGUACUACUCACUCAUUCAUGGUGCUGUUCAAAGAGCUUACAUCAGUAAAACACUGUAUGUCAUAACCAGCACUUGCUUUACUUCAAAGGUAAGUUUUUACUAAGAUGCCAAAAUACAUACAGUGGGGGAAAAAA